CCGGCUCGUUUCCUGCGGAGACCCCAAGGUCGUGAGGGAGCCCCAAGCGUCCCCGCGCUGACCCAGGGCCCGAUGCUCUCCCCAGCGACCUCUGGAGUGGGGGUGGAGGAGGGAGCCUGAGCCCCUUGCCUGCCUCCCCACGCCCAUUUGGCCUCAACCGCCUGCCAUCUUCCCUUCCUUCUUUCCUGUCUUCCUUCUUUUGGUCUUUGUCCUCCUUGGGUCUCUGCUCCUCACCCAAGGUUCAGUGUAGACACUGGUGGCCGCCGGUAAAGGGGAGCCGGAUGUACCAACGUGCCCCCCAGAAGGCGGUAGUUUAGCUACAGUGAAGUCAACCACCUUCAUUGGGCUAGGGGGUGGGGGGUGAGUAAGGGAGUCUGGGUGAGUGGAUUGGUGGAGAUCACCUGGCCCUAACCCCAGUGUAGUCCCUGGAGCCCCAGCACCUUUUGCCCCCCUUUAGCACUGAGGGGGAUCAGAGGCAAGGGCCACUGUCUCUGGGUCAAGCUGGCACAGUGAGUCUUGGUUGAGAGAUUUAACAGGGCUGGCUUCUCAGCCUUCUGAAAUUGAACCUCUUUGGGUUCUGAUAAACACCCAUGUGCAAAUCACAUGCAAAUCAGCUUUGCAAAUUCUUAGCCAAUAGCUUGUGCCCAUCUUAUUCAGGGCAUGGUAACUCUUGCAAAGGAAAGAGGCAGCAUCUCAGCGCCAGCAGCUCCUCCAUAUCACUCUCAAUCACUCCAUUUUACCAGUUACGGAAACAAGCUCAGAGAGGUGCAGUGACUUGCCCGUGGUAACACAGCACUACAACUUCUAGGACGUAGAAUGCAAUAGCCCUUGAAGUGCCUUUCAACCCAGAGAUGUAGGUUCUAACAUCAUUAUUCAGUGCAAGCAAUUUAUACCCUUUAAAGUAUGCCCCAGUCCUCCUCCUUUGGAAAAGGCAGCCUGUGUCCAGAACCAGCUUGAGGUGACUACGCAGGGUGAGCCAGCUUUCCAAGCCUCACCAUCAUCUUGCUCAGAUGGAAGUAAUCAUCUCCAUCCUGCUUCCCCAAAAUGCCAUGAAGCUGAAAGACUUGGAAAACUUCAAUCAGCAAAUAUGGAGAUGCGCUGGCAGCUGAGCGAGCAGCUGCGCUGCCUGGAGCUGCAGGGUGAGCUGCGGCGGGAGCUGCUGCAGGAACUGGCAGAGUUCAUGCGGCGCCGCGCUGAGGUGGAGCUGGAGUACUCCCGGGGCCUGGAAAAGCUGGCCGAGCGCUUCUCCAGCCGUGGAGGCCGCCUGGGUAGCAGCCGGGAGCACCAAAGCUUCCGGAAGGAGCCGUCACUCCUGUCGCCCUUGCACUGCUGGGCAGUGCUGCUGCAGCAUACGCGGCAGCAGAGCCGGGAGAGCGCGGCCCUGAGCGAGGUGCUGGCCGGGCCCCUGGCCCAGCGCCUGAGUCACAUUGCGGAGGACGUGGGGCGCCUGGUCAAGAAGAGCAGGGAUCUGGAGCAGCAGCUGCAGGACGAGCUCCUGGAGGUGGUCUCAGAGCUCCAGACGGCCAAGAAGACGUACCAGGCAUAUCACAUGGAGAGCGUGAAUGCUGAGGCCAAGCUCCGGGAGGCCGAGCGGCAGGAGGAGAAGCGGGCAGGCCGGAGUGUCCCCAUCACCACUGCUGCUGCCACUGAGGCAGGGCCCCUCCGCAAGAGCUCCCUCAAGAAGGGAGGGCGGCUGGUGGAGAAGCGGCAGGCCAAGUUCAUGGAGCACAAACUCAAGUGCACAAAGGCGCGCAACGAGUACCUGCUGAGCCUGGCCAGCGUCAACGCCGCUGUCAGUAACUACUACCUGCAUGACGUCUUGGACCUCAUGGAUUGCUGCGACACAGGGUUCCACCUGGCCCUGGGGCAGGUGCUCCGAAGCUACAUGGCCGCUGAGAGCCGCACCCAGGCCUCCCAAGUGCAGGGCCUGGGCAGCCUGGAAGAAGCCGUGGAGGCCCUGGAUCCUUCAGGGGACAAGGCCAAGGUUCUCGAGGUGCAUGCUACCAUCUUCUGUCCCCCGCUGCGCUUUGACUACCACCCCCAUGAUGGGGAUGAGGUGGCUGAGAUCUGCGUUGAAAUGGAGCUGCAGGACGAGAUUCUGCCCAGAGCCCAGAACAUCCAGAGCCGCCUGGACCGACAGACCAUCGAGACGGAGGAGGUGAACAAGACGCUGAAGGCGACACUGCAGGCCCUGCUGGAGGUGGUGGCCUCGGAUGACGGGGAUGUGCUCGACUCCUUCCAGACCAGCCCCUCCACCGAGUCCCUCAAGUCCACCAGCUCAGACCCAGGCAGCCGGCAGGCAGGCCGGAGGCGUGGCCAGCAGCAGGAGACCGAAACCUUCUACCUCACGAAGCUCCAGGAGUAUCUGAGUGGACGGAGCAUCCUCGCCAAGCUGCAGGCCAAGCACGAGAAGCUGCAGGAGGCCCUUCAGCGAGGUGACAAGGAGGAGCGGGAGAUGUCUUGGACCCAGUACACACAGAGAAAAUUCCAGAAGAGCCGCCACCCCCGCCCCAGCUCCCAGUAUAACCAGAGACUCUUUGGGGGAGACAUGGAGAAGUUUAUCCAGUGCUCAGGCCAGCCUGUGCCCCUGGUGGUGGAGAGCUGCAUUCGCUUCAUUAACCUCAACGGCCUGCAGCAUGAAGGCAUCUUCCGGGUGUCGGGUGCCCAGCUCCGGGUCUCAGAGAUCCGUGAUGCCUUCGAGAGAGGGGAGGACCCACUGGUGGAGGGCUGCACUGCCCACGAUCUGGACUCGGUGGCCGGGGUGCUGAAGCUCUACUUCCGGAGCCUGGAGCCCCCACUCUUCCCCCCAGACCUGUUCAGCGAGCUGCUGGCUUCUUCGGAGCUGGAGGCCACGGCAGAGAGGGUGGAGCACGUGAGCCGCCUGCUAUGGCGGCUGCCCGCGCCAGUGCUGGUGGUUCUGCGCUACCUCUUCAACUUCCUCAACCACCUGGCCCAGUACAGCGAUGAGAACAUGAUGGACCCCUACAACCUGGCCGUGUGCUUUGGGCCCACGCUGCUACCGGUGCCCGCUGGGCAGGACCCGGUGGCGCUGCAGGGCCGGGUGAACCAGCUGGUGCAGACGCUCAUACUGCAGCCAGAUCGGGUCUUCCCGCCCCUGACCUCACUGCCUGGCCCCGUCUACGAGAAGUGCAUGGCACCGCCUUCCGCCAGCUGCCUGGGGGAUGCCCAGCUGGAGAGCCUGGGGGCGGACAACGAGCCGGAGCUGGAAGCUGAGAUGCUUGCCCAGGAGGAUGGGCAGAGAAGCAGGUGGUGGGCGCAGGGCCGCAGACUGCAGGGGAGUCUGGGAGCAGUCCUGAGGGCCUCCUGGCAUCAGAGCUGGUUCACCGGCCAGAGCCAUGCAUCUCACCCGAGGCCGUGGGACUCUCUGGACAUAGACGACGCUGCUUGGUCCCAGCCUCCCCGGAGCAACACGUGGAGGUGGAUAAGGCCGUGGCACAGAACAUGGACUCUGUGUUUAAGGAGCUCUUGGGAAAGACCUCUGUCCGCCAGGGCCUCGGGCCAGCAUCUGCCACCUCUCCCAGCCCUGGGCCCCGAAGCCCAAAGGCACCGGCCGGCAGCCGCCUGGGCAAGAACAAAGGCUUCUCCCGGGGCCCUGGGGCCCCAGCCUCACCCUCAGCAUCCCACCCCCAGGGCCUGGACACAACCCCCAAGCCACACUGAGGUGCUGCUGCUGGAGCUGUGUGCCCCAGGCGGCUACCCCCUGGACCGGCCACUCUCCCCAGCCCUCUUGCUUCUCUCCAACCCUGUCCAGCAAGUUCAGGGUGCCUGCACUUCACCCUGUGCAGAGGUGGGAUGGGGCCGCACAUGCAGGGAUGCCCACUCCACACCCUGCCUGCCUCUCAGCCCUGGCCCAGACCCCUUUUGGAGGCUGGGGAAAGCCCUAUUCUGCGACUUUGUGGAGGGCUGGUCAGUGGCUGCUGGGUGGCAGGUACCCUUGCUUAGAUGCCUGGCAGGGCUGGGUGGUGAUUCAUAAAGACCUCGUGUUGAUUCCCUGA